AUGUCGGGGUUCUGUUAUACUGGUUUUUCUUCCCCGGACAACGUGGCCAACGGAACCAGACGUCCAAAAUCACGGCCAACGGAACCAGAAGUCCAAAAGGAAACACAACAUUCUGGCAAAUCAGGUGGGUUUUCUAAUGUUUCCGAAGGUUUUGGACGUUCAUUCGGCCACAAUUCCCCGUACGGAUUCGAAACCGCCCGGUACUCGCACUUUUCGUCUCGGGUAAACCAGAACGCUGCCGGUAAGAGUGGUUUUUGAGUUUUUUACCUUGUUUUAGUACAAUCAACUGGAGCGCGCGGGUUUGGGAGCCGUUUGUUUGGUGAAAAGUCCGAGCAGCAUGUUGGACUUCGGGAACUCAAAAAUCGAAACCGGAUAUCCAACGGAUUUGGAAAAGUAGAAUCGGACGACAUGUAUGACCCAUCUGGAACCCUUGAAACACAAUCUGAUAGAAGUUCUGCCGGAAGCCGAGGACGCACUAGGCCACGCCAACUCGGGAGCAGCCGGACGAGCGGAUCCACAGAUGUUACGAUUGAAAGCGUAGGAACUGUCACGGGAGCACUUCGUUUUCUCCAUCUAUCUGCUGCCACUGAGAAAUCGCCGUGUAAUAGUACAGGGUUUGGCCACAAUUCCAAUGAAGAAGUGGGUGUCUUGGGACUCACGGUAAGGUAAUACCUCGAUAUUUGUGAUUUCGUGUUAUAGACCAAUUGUUUCGUUGAAUCCCGUGAUCCAUUGUCGGUUCAUUCUUACCUUCUCGAUCGGUGUUUCAAAUGCAGGGAAUCGGUAACGGACUGGGGAAAGGGUUACCAUCCCGCUGAAUGCAAGGAUGCCCUUCAGGGAUUCAUGACGUGGAACUUUGAGACGACCAAGACCAAGUUCUACUGUGAAAAAAAGUUUUCCAACUAUCAAACGCUAUCUGCUGCGGAAGUGCGCAAAUUCUACAAGAUCCUGGGCAAACUCACUCCGGGCACGGAAGAUAAGUUUGAAGAGGAAUUCGGCAACAUUCUUCGUACAAUUGAAGGGUUUGGCAACAUGGGCGGUGGGUUUUAGUGGCAUGGGUUCGGCAUUUUGAACAACAUCCCUUGUUUUUAUUGCUUGUAUGUAGGCCGAUCGUUGGUUGUGGCGUAUGAUCUGUUCUGGAGGAAGCUUAGUGUGACCGAAGCCUUCGAAUUCAAACUCCAUGAUUUGCGAAUCGAGCAGGUUCGCAUUCCAGUCGAUGGCGACAAGAAUUUCCGAGGAUAUGAGUUGAGUUUUUCCACCGGAAGUCCUGGGGGAUUUGGUGAACCCGUAAUGGAAGUUGCUGCUUUGAGAAGUCAGUAUAACGCUGUUUUUGUUAAUCCAUAAGUUUCGUUAUCAUCAGCACUUGAAAACUGCUUAUAGGGAAGCUGAAAUGCAAUGGAGUUUAUGGGUUUCCGAUCUUCAUUUGUAUCAGAGAAGACUACCACAGUGUUCAGUGGCAUAACGCGGACGCCAGCUGGCCAGAUGAUAUUCCAAGAAAGACCAUCUCAAAGGUCAGACUGAACACUACGGUUUACCAAUGUGGACCUGAACCAGUGGCAAAAAAUGUAUCAUUUUGCAUCCGGGAAGUAUCAAAAAAGUUGCAAAAUGCCUCCAACUAAAAAAAAACUCCGUUUUGAACUUCGCGCCCUUUCUCUCACAAAAAGAGUGGGCGCGCUUUUGAAAUCGGAGUUUUUUCACUUGGAGAGGGAGGUAUUUUGCUGCAUUUUGGAUACUUCCCGGAUGCAAAAUGGUACGUUUUUGGCCAAUGGAUCAGGUCCGCCACUGAACGUAUCUAACUUUUCUUGCGGAAAUUCGGAAAAAAUUCCUAAUUUUUUGUCCGACUUUUGCCCUAAAAAAUUGGUCUAAAUUUGUGCCAAGUUUCAUCAAAAUCUGACUCGCACUUGGAGUACUUCGCAGUCAGUUUAUUAAUGAUCUUUUAUUUCUUCAGAACUAA